AUGGGAAAGGUUGACAAAACUCUUUUUACACUCAGAGAUGGCAUUGAUUUCCUUCUUAUUCAGAUAUAUGUUGAUGACAUCAUUUUUGGUGGCUCUUCUCAUCAUCUUGUGGCCAAGUUUUCAGAAACUAUGAGCAGGGAGUUUGAGAUGAGCAUGAUGGGUGAGUUGACCUACUUCCUUGGACUUCAAAUCAAGCAAACUGAGGAAGGCAUCUUUAUGCACCAAACCAAGUACUCUAAAGAUCUCCUGAAGAAGUUUGACAUGGUGGACUGCAAGUCUAUCGCCACUCCCAUAUCCACAACUGCUACUCUUGGACCAGAUGAGGAUGGGGAAGCAGUUGACCAGCGUGAGUACCGAAGCAUGAUCGGCUCCCUCCUCUACCUGACCGCGUCAAGACCAGACAUACACUUUGCUGUAUGCCUCUGUGCACGAUUCCAAGCUUCUCCAAGGACUUCUCAUCGACAAGCCGUCAAGCGCAUUCUUCGCUACAUCAAGUCGACGCUCGAGUAUGGACUCUGGUACUCUCGUUCUUCUAUCUUGUCUAUUCGAGCGUUUUCUGAUUCUGACUUUGCUGGCUGCAAAAUCGAUCGAAAAAGCACUUCUGGUUCUUGCCAUUUCUUGGGGACUUCUUUGGUUUCCUGGUCGUCUCGUAAACAAUCAUCUGUUGCGCAAUCUACUGCUAAGGCCGAAUAUGUGGCUGCUUCCAGUGCUUGCAGUCAAGCGCUUUGGAUGAUCUCAACUUUACGAGAUUACGGGUUGUCUUUCUCGAGUGUUCCUUUGCUUUGUGAUAACACUAGUGCCAUUAACAUUGCAAAAAAUCAUGUUCAACAUUCGAGGACCAAGCACAUUGAAAUUCGAUACCAUUUUCUCCGAGAUAAUGUCGAGAAAGGUACUAUUGUGCUAGAGUUUGUUGAAUCAGAAAGGCAACUUGCUGAUAUCUUGACCAAGCCGCUUGAUCGUUCUCGGUUUGAGUUCUUGAGGGCUGAGUUAGGGGUAAUUCAUCUCUAUGGCUUGAGUUGA